AUGCCGCCGUCAAAGAACAUCCUCAUCACAGGCGCCUCGGGCUUCAUCGGCCCGCAGCUGGCCGCCCGCCUGCUCGACGACCCGCAGUACCGCGUCAUCCUCACGGACGUCGUCCCGCCCGCCGUGCCAGCCGGCGUGCGCCACCCGGAGAACGCGACGUGCAUCGCCGCCGACCUCUGCGACGCCUCGUCGCUGGCGUCCCUCGUCGCCGCCGCCCAGCCCCUGGCUGCCGCCUUCGUCUUCCACGGCAUCAUGUCCUCCGGGUCCGAGGCCGACCCGGCGCUCUCCAUGCGCGUCAACCUCGACGCCACGCGCGGCCUGCUGCUGCACCUGUCCGAGCACUGCCGCGGCGUGCGCGUCGUCUACGCCUCCUCCAACGCCGUCUACGGCCCGCCCCUGCCCGAGGUCGUCAGGCCCGACUCCAUCCCCACGCCGACGGGCACCUACGGCGCGCACAAGUGGAUGACCGAGGUCUUCAUCAACGACCUGCACCGCAGGGGCUGCAUCGACGCCUUCUCGCUGCGCUUCCCCAGCGUGUCCGUGCGGCCCGGCAAGCCCACCGCCGCGGCGAGCUCGUUCCUGUCCGGCAUGAUCCGCGAGCCCAUGGCCGGGCAGGAGUGCGUCAUCCCCAUCAAGGACCGCGAGUUCAAGGCCACCCUCUGCGGGCCCAAGACGCUGGUCGAUAACCUGUUGAUCGUCAUGAACUGGAAGUCGGAUAUCUUGCCAUCUCAUAUUAGGGGUAUCAACAUACCCGGCGUCAUCGCUAGUGUGCAGGCGAUGAUGGAUGCGCUGGCCAAGGUCGGCGGAGAGGAUAAGCUCAAGUACAUCAAGGAGGAGCCGGACGAGACUGCCGAGAGGUUACUCAGGAGCUGGGCUUGGAACCAUGACUACUCCCUCCCGCUGAAGCUAGGGCUCAAGAUCGACAAGGAUGCAGAGUCACUGGUAAGAGAAUAUGCAGAGUAUGUAAAGGCGCACCAGUGA